AUGGACAUAGACGCAAAGGCCAAGGCCGACCGCGAGCGCAAGAAGGAGAAGGAAGAAAAAGAGGAGAACAACAAAAAGAAGAGUGACGAGGAGAAGAAAAACGAGGAGGAGAACAACGAUGAGGACUACGACAAGGACGGAAACCUCGUGCCCCGCGUGGGACCCAAGACCCUUGCACUGUAUCACGACGAAGAAACCGGAGACUACGUUGGCGAGGUGAUCGCCAAGGUCGAGCAGCAGAAGGUUGAGCAACAGAAGGCCAAGGAGCAGACGAAGCACCCCUACUCCAAGCCUGCUCCCCAGCGCAAGCCGAGAACCAACCUCUCCCUCCUCAAGCCGAUCCCCGCCUUCCCAGGAUACAAGAAAGUAAAUAUCCCUCAUGCCCACAACCGCAAAGCAAAUACUGAUACCAAACCCAGAGACCCCGACCUCCGAAUCAAAGAAAACUGGACCUUGCCCGUUGACCAGGUCGACUGGAAGCCACUUCAAUAUCGCGAGGUCAUGCGAUCCAGAGAGACGGGCGAGUGGCAUCGCUCCCAGUACAAGCUCGCCGUGAAGGACCGCAAGGAGGCCUGGAAGAAGGCAUCGCGGCGCCUGAAGGAGGGUCGCGGCGUCGUCAUGACAGAGGCCGUUUAG